AUGCUGAUGUCCUCAGCGAGAGACGGGUUGAGGGGGGGUUGGGCUGGGCUUAAUUCCAAGAAAUUAAAGAAAAAGAAAGCUGGUUUGUUUAAUGUGAUUAUAAUGAAUGCCGUGGUCGUUCUCUUCAUUGCCUCUUUAUUGAUCCUGGGAACUUCCCAGGCAGAUGCAGAAACUUUUAUCAUGAAGAAUCGUCACCUUUUGAGCGAUACAAAUGGAAGAGGUGUUGCAGCAAACAAAGGAAAUUCUCAAGGAACCGAGAAAAAUACUAAAAUGAACUUCGACUCGAGCAAAGGUGCGAAAAGCGAGGAUAAUGACAAUGAUGAUGAUGACGAUACGAGUUCUGGAACAGAUAAUCAUCGCUAUUUCCCCGACCAGGAUAGACCUACUCACAACCCACCGCGUCACUCACUUUAGGAGCGCGGCGUCCCAUUAGGAUGCAAAUCCAUGCAAAUCUAUAAUAGUGUGAUUGCUUGUAAAAAUAUGAAACUACUCAUUAUAAGUUGGCUGAACUUAUCAUAGUUGUAAGUACCAUAUGGCACGUUGAAGUUCGCAAGGUUUGAAUUAUAAAUUUGUAUAAUAUUAUGCUUGUUUUCAUGUUAGAUUGAAAUCUAGCUUGUUGAAGUACAAGUUUGCUUUGUAUCAUAGGUAUCUUAAAUAAAUGUUGGCAUGGAUUUCUGUUUCGUUUUAAA